AUGUCUGUUCCAAAUCAACAGUAUCCAACUAUUGUUAAUCCUCCACCGCCAGAAUAUAUCAAUCCUAAAAAAACUGGCUGUUUAACAAAUCAACUUCAAUAUUUACAGAGGGUGGUCAUGAAAGCUAUGUGGAGACACAACUUUUCCUGGCCAUUUCACCAGCCUGUAGAUGCUGCAGCACUAAACCUUCCUGAUUAUUAUAAUAUCAUUAAGAAACCCAUGGACUUGAGCACAAUUAAAAAGCGUUUGGAACAUAAUUAUUAUACAAAAGCUACAGACUGCAUUGAAGACUUUAAAACUAUGUUCACGAACUGCUAUGUGUAUAACAAGCCAGGCGAUGACAUUGUUUUUAUGGCACAAGAGCUAGAAAAAGUAUUUAUGCAGAAAAUGGCACAAAUGCCUCCAGAAGAGAAAAUAGUGAUUGUCAACAAAGGGAAAAGAAAAGGAAAGAAACAAGAAGGACCUCAGCUGCCUGAUUCAGGAGUUUGUACCACUGAGCAAAAUCAACUGCAGAAGCAACUUGAAAGCAUUGUUAAGCAGCCUCACGUGAUGACUCCAGUACCACAGCAGCUUGUGUUAGCUCCUCUGUCAAUGGCUCAAUCGACUACCUUAAUGUCAGCCACGCUACCUAUAACAAAAGUUAAAAAGGGUGUGAAAAGGAAGGCUGAUACUACUACAAUAUCCACAGCAAGCUGUGAAUCUUCUCCAGCACUUAAUGAACCAAAAAUUGCUAAAAUAUGUAGAGGAGAAAGUGAAUGUAGUGUACCAGACAGUUAUCUAAAGAAAGACUUGCCAGAUUCUCAACAGCCACUUGAAGUUGUCAAAAAUGUUCAAUUAUCAGAACAACUAAAGCAUUGUAGUGAGAUCCUUAAAGAAAUGUUUGCAAAGAAACAUGCAUCAUAUGCUUGGCCUUUCUAUAAACCUGUAGAUAUUACAGCUUUGGGGCUCAAUGACCACCAUGAUACCAUGAAAUGCCCUAUAGACCUUGGAACUAUUAAGAAGAAAAUGGAUAACUAUGAAUAUAAAGAUACACAAGAGUUUGCUGCAGAUAUUAGAUUAAUGUUUAUGAAUUGCUACAAAUACAACUCUCCUGACCAUGAAGUGGUUGCUAUGGCAAGAAAACUGCAGGAUAUCUUUGAGAUGCAAUUUGCCAAAAUUCCAGAUGAACCUGUUGCAAAUAUACCACCGUCACAGCCCAAAACAGAAAUAGCAAGUGCUUUUUCUAGUGAAAGCAGCAGUGAUGACUCCUCUGAAUCUUCAGAUGAUCUUUCUUCAGAAGAGGAAAGAACACGGCGCCUUGCAAAGCUUCAAGAGCAACUUAAAGCUGUUCAUCAGCAGUUGCGGGCUUUGGCCAAAACCUCCUUGCCCAAGCUGAGGAAGAAAAAAGGAAAGUCUAAAAAGGGGAAAAGAGGCAAAGAAAAAUCCAAACACAAAUAUGUGAAUCAAAAGAAGAAAAAGCUAAAGCAAAAAAAGAAAUUGAAGAAAAAACUGUCUUUAAAUAUUCAGUCAAAGAAAACAAAGCAGCAAGUCUCAUUGGCACGUAAAUCAGAAGAUGAGGAUAGUGCCAAGCCUAUGAAUUAUGAUGAAAAAAGGCAGUUGAGUUUGGACAUAAAUAAACUUCCUGGAGAUAAGCUUGGAAAAGUAGUAUAUAUAAUACAGUCAAGAGAGCCUUCACUGAGAAACUCUAAUCCUGAUGAGAUAGAAAUAGACUUUGAAACUUUAAAAGCAUCGACACUUAGAGAACUAGAGAAAUAUGUGAUGGCUUGUUUAAGGAAAAGACCAAGAAAACAUGCGAAGAAACCAGAGAAGUCAAAAGAAGAACUUAAUUCUGAGAAAAAACAAGAGUUGGAAAAGAGGCUGCUGGAUGUCAAUGGGCAGUUAAACCCUAAAAAGCAAAACACCAAAUCUGAAAAUAACACUAUACCAAAGAUUAUUGGUGGACCAAGGCGAUUGAGUGAGAGUAGCAGCAGCAGCUCCUCCUCAGACUCUAGCAGCAGCAGCAGUAGCAGUGAUUCUAGCUCUUCAGAUACCAAUGACUCUGAAUCAGAAAUAGGCUCAAAGCCAAAUGGAAACAGACAGAAUGGUGUGACUUCUAAAGAACAAAUGGAGGCAUCCAAUUCAUCUUCCCAGGAUAUUCCAAUGAGUGAUGGCAAAAAAUCUGGAAAAUUAAAUAUUCUUCAAAACAAUGUUUCUGGGGGAGUUGCUGGCUCAAAAUCCAUAAAUCAAGAACAAAGUCAUUCUGACAGAACUGAUGAUAAAAACACACUAGAUCCUACACUUCAAAUUCUUCCUAAAAAGGACAUCAGAAUUAAGAAUGCAGACUCCUGGAUAAAUUUAUGUAAAAAGAUGGCACUUCCAGUUCCCAUAAAGGCAUCUCCGGAGAACUUCAAACAGUUCAGGAAAGCAGCACUAGAAAAGGAAGAAACUGAGCGAGCACAAGAGUUAAGGAGACAACUGGAACAAGCCAAGAGGAAAGGGAAAACCCCCUUUCAAGAAAAAGAGAGGGCCCAUGAAGGAGCAGAACUGGAAUCCACUGGAAUGAAAGCCGAUGAAGAGCCACAAAAAGAGAGGCCAAACAGCGAACAGCAACAACCACCUGGGGUUCAACAAAAUAUCCAGAAAGGUCUUGUCAAAGACCGUAACCUGGCUAGAAAAAUGGAGCAAGAGCGCAGGCGGAGAGAAGCUAUGACUGGUACCAUUGACAUGAACCUGCAGAGUGAUAUAAUGGCAACUUUUGAAGAAACUCUUUAG